AUGGCUCCCCGCUACGGCGCCCUCGGCGCAACCUUCCAACUCUCCCGCCUCUUCCAAGCCUGUUCUCUAAUCGCCAUAAUCGGCAUGGUAGGCAAAUUCAUCAGCGUGAUAAUAAAUAACAACGCCACACCACCAGACAUCCUAAUUGGAACAAUCAGCGUGACCUGCAUCGCGGCAAUCUACUGCAUAAUCACCGCAAUCCUCUACACAGACGAUAUACUUCCAUUCCUACCCUGUGCAGUGCUCGACAUGCUACUGCUGAUUGCGCUGAUUGUCGUCGCUGUCAUUGUCGGCAAGCCUCUCUCGUACUUGAAGUGUACGACGCUGGCGGAGCUGGGCGAUAAGGAUGCCACGUCGUAUGCGUUUGUGUCAAGACUUUCGAGUUAUAUUGCUAGUGUUAGUGGGAAGAUUGACUAUGUUUCGUGGAUUGGGGCUUCGAAGGCGAUUUGCAUCGAGACGAAGGCUAUUUGGGGGUUGAGUAUUGGGCUUUGUAUUCUAUUUUUCUUCUCUGUUAUUUGCAAUGUCUGCCUGUGGCUGCAGAAGAAGAAAGCUCUUGCUGUGAAGAGUUUGGAGUAA